AUGUACCGGUAUUACUAUAAUUCGAAUUUAACGGUUUUAAAGAGUGAACCAAAAUAUGACGAAAUCUUUUAUACAAAUGAAGUUAAUGGCGGAACUUUUGGAUUAAUUAAUAACACUGAAAUUCAUAGCCAACAUAUUACGAACCCUUUCAACGUUCAAGGGCCUGCUCAUUUCAUUGACUGUGUAGGUUCAUAUUCAGAUGGCUGGAAUACACCAUCUCCAGCAAGCUAUCGCUCAUCAAGCCCUGAAUUCACGGACAUGAACCAAAUUGUACCAAUAUCUAAUGGAAUAAAUCAAAGCACAGGUACAUUGCACUUCAAUUCAAAUAUAGAACAGCAUCAAACACAAUUCCAAUAUAAUACAACGAGUUGUCCAGCACUUUCAAACACUUCUUCUGCAUUUUGUAAAAACGUAACUUCUGUUACAGUCUUACCAAAAAAACGUAUAAACACAAAAAAAAGGAAAAGUAGUGUAACAUCACUGCCUUGUGAUUCGGAUGUGAUCAAAGUAGAAAAAGUCACUACCAGUGAAAGUGGAGUCAUUUCAAAUAGUGAUAAUCUUUCUAAUGAAAGUAAUGUAAUAAAUAAUGCAGAUUUUAGUUCUUUUGAUUUCGCUGAUGAAGCAUUUUUUGACGAAAGCUGUGAUAAUAAUGAUAUGGACUUUUUAAAUGAUGAAGAGUAUAUUGAAAGUAACCUCGCAGAAAGUUCGUCAUUUGAACACUCGAACGAUGCCAACAUACCGACAACUGUAAUACAAACAGUUACCUUAAGUAAUAGUAACUCUAAAAGAAAACGCGGUAAACAAAUUUCACCAGUUGUAAAGAAAAAACGUAGAUUAGCAGCAAAUGCAAGAGAACGUCGACGUAUGCAAAAUUUAAAUCAAGCCUUCGAUAGAUUGCGGCAAUAUUUACCAUCACUAGGCAAUGAUAGACAACUUUCCAAGCAUGAAACACUUCAAAUGGCUCAAACGUAUAUAACAGCGCUCUAUGAACUUUUGCACAGCUCUUAA